GUCACCGCCUCUUUGAACGUCCCAGGGUAUUUCCAUCGGGGGAAGGAAAUCAACUUCUCCGGGGGUUGAACACCGGGUCCGUUCGCAGUUAAAAGGCCUUUUUUCUUGUCCGUUAAACCGUCGUGACGUCGUCGCGGCGCGUCACGACGCUCCCCAAUUAAACCCUGUAGCAGUAAAUGGAUCCGCACGAGCCGAAGUGAACCCGACUGCUCACCUGAGUUAACCAGACGCCAUGGCUGGAGAAGACCAUUACCUUCAUACUUCCACCCAGAUCUUCGACACCAUGGGGAUGGAUCCGGUGUGGGAGUUUACACAUUUCCCUGUGAUGUCCCAGAAUGCAUCGCUGCAGACGGUGGAUGGACCGUUCCUGCAGAUCGUGGAGCAGCCCAAACAGCGUGGCUUCAGGUUCAGGUACGGCUGUGAAGGUCCUUCUCACGGCGGUCUGCCAGGAGCCUCCAGCGAGAAGAACAGCAAGACCUACCCCGCCGUCAAGAUCCGUAACUACCAGGGUCCGGCCCGGGUGGUGGUCCAGCUGGUGACGGCGCUGACCCCCCACCCUCAGCUCCACGCUCACAGCCUCGUGGGGAAGCAGUGCGACAAAGGGAUCUGCGUCACAGACCUGCAGCCCAAAGACUCCAACAUCAGUUUCCCCAACCUGGGCAUCCUCCACGUGACGAAGAAGAACGUGGCCAAGACGCUGGAGGAGAGGAUGGUGGAGGCCUUCCGGCUGGGAUACAGCUGCGGCGUCUGCAUCCACCCCGACAUCGACGCCCUGCAGGGGGAGGUCCGAGUCCCCCGAGACCUCAGCGACCCCCAGCGCAGUGUGAUCAGCAGCGCCGCGGCCCUGCAGGCUAAAGAAAUGGACCUCAGCGUGGCUCGGCUCAUGUUCACGGCCUUCCUCCCCAACAGCGACGGAGGAUUCUCCAGAAGACUGGAGCCCGUUGUGUCCGAACCCAUCUACGACAGCAAGGCUCCCAACGCCUCCAACCUGAAGAUCGUGAGGAUGGAUCGAACCGCCGGCUGCGUGAGCGGAGGAGAGGAGGUCUACCUGCUCUGUGACAAAGUCCAGAAAGAUGACAUCCAGGUUCGGUUCUUUGAAGAAGACAACUCAGGGGUGACCUGGGAGGCUCUGGGAGAUUUCUCCCCUACAGACGUCCACAGACAGUUUGCCAUCGUGUUCAAGACUCCGAAGUAUCGAGACCAGAACCUUCAGAAACCGACGUCUGUGUUUGUUCAGCUGAAGAGGAAGUCUGACAACGAGACCAGCGAACCCAAACCCUUCACCUACCACCCUCAGAUCAUAGACAAGGAGGAAGUGCAGAGGAAGAGACAAAAGACGUUGCCAAACUUCCAGGACUUCAGCGGCCAUGGAGGAGGUGGAAGUCUGUACCGAGGAGGUGGUGGGGGAGGAGGAGGUCCUGCUGCAGGUGGAGGACCUGGAUCUGCAGGAGGAGGAGGUUACUUCCAGGGCUUCACUACCUACAACUAUGGUGGAGCAGGAGGAGGAGGAGGAGGUUUCUCCACAGGAUACUCAGCUGGUCUGGGAGGAGGAGUAGGAGGAGGAGCAGGAGGAGGAGCAGGAGGAGGAGCAGGAGUCAUCAAACACGGAGAGAAGAAACAACAGGGCGACCGCCAUCCAGACGAUGACUCGGGGUCGGGGGUCGCGCUGAGAGCUGCAGCCCGGCCAGGAGGCCUAGAUGCGGGGGGGAGGAGGGAGGAGGGAGGGGUCAGUGCGGAGGAGCCUGAAGGCGACCGCUUGCUGGAGGCGACCGGCGGACAGCUGGAGGCUCUGUUUCGCUAUUCGGUGACCGGCGACUCGGCGUACCUGCUGGCGGCACAGCGUCAGCUGAUGGGCGCGCAGGACGAGGACGGAGACACUGGGCUCCACCUGGCAGUCCUCCACAGCCAGCAGGAGGCGCUGAAGAGUCUGACUCAGGUGGUCUCUGCUCUGCCCGGAGUGGAGGUGCUCAACCUGAGAAACCACCUCUACCAGACUCCUUUGCACCUGGCCGUGAUCACCCAGCAGAAGGAGGCGGUGGAAGCGCUGCUAUUGGCCGGCGCCGACCCAACUCUGACAGAUCGUCAUGGCAACACGGCGCUCCACCUGGCGUCCCGGCUGGAAGGAGAAGGUGAUGGAGGAGGAAUAGUCCAGUUUCUACUGAAGCACGGAGAGAUGAGUGAGCUGCUGGACCACACCAACACAGCAGGUCUGUGUGCGAUCCACCUGGCCGUCCUGGCCAAUCAGCUGUCUUCUCUCAGGGAGCUGCUGGUGGGCGGGGCUAACGUGGAGGCUCAGGAGCACGGCUGUGGACGCACCGCCCUCCACCUCGCCACCGAGAGGGACAACAUGUCGCUGGCGGGCUGCCUGCUGCUGGAGGGAAACGCUGAGGUGGACUGCUUCACCUUCAAUGGCUCCACCCCCCUCCACAUCGCUGCAGGGCGAGGCUCCGUCAAGCUGACGGCUCUUCUGAUGGCUGCAGGAGCAAACCCUCAGAAGGAGAACUUUGAGCCGCUCUUCUUCAGGGAGGACUGUGAUGAAGAGAGGGAGGAUGAGGAUGAAGAUGAAGGCUACAUCCCAGGAACCACUCCUCUCAACAUGGCCGCCACCACUCAGGUGUUGGAGCUUCUGAAUGGAAAAGAAUAUGAAACAAAAUGUCCACGAAAAGCCUUCACCCCUUCUCAAGGAGACUUGGCGAGCCUGGACAUGGAGGUGAAGCAGCAGGUGUGUUGCGCUCUGGAGAGUGAAGGAUGCUGGGAAAAACUGGCUCACAGUCUGGGUCUCGGGAUCCUCAACACGGCCUUCAGGCUGAGCCCCUCCCCCACCAAAACACUGCUGGACAGCUACGAGGUUUCAGGCGGGACGGUCAGGGACCUGCUGGCUGGUCUCAGGUCAGUCAGCGAGUGCAGAGCGCUGGGCGUCCUGGAGGAGGCGCUGUGUCGCCGCGAUGAGCAGGAGGAGGAAGAGGAGGAGGAAGAGGAGGAGACGAGCGGUGAGCCCGAGGCUCGGAACCAGAAGGUGGACGUUCGGAUGGACAGCGGCGUCUGCGACAGCGGCGUGGAGCUCUCCACGGCGUGAGCGUUUGAUCCAAUAGGGCCGAACGCUUCUCAGUUAAGAUUCAACUGAACGUGUUUUGUUAAACGGUUGUUUUGAUGGUGUUCAGCCCACACUACACUCCAGCAGCGCCAACAAAGAAUGUCAACGAGGGUUUUGUUGCUUCAGAGGUUAAUUCACCCCAAAGAAAUAAUACAACAAGAGUCCCUCAAAUGUCACGUGGUAAAUAAUUGUAUUGAUUUGAUUGUUUUGUUUCUGUCUGCAGGGGAAAGGUGCUAUUGAUACUGAAAUGGUUGUAAAGAAGUUAAAAUUAAAUGUGUCUUCAGGUGACACUCACACGGCCACCUGGGGAAGGAUUCCUCCGGUUCAUGCUUUAGAUCCACGGUCCUGGUCCUGGUCCUGGUCCUGGUCCUGGUCCUGGUCCUGGUCCUGGUCCUGGUCCUGAACAUGACUCUACUUCUCUCUUGAUGUAUUAAAGGUGAAGUUGUGUUGUGUGUUUCUGAUAUUCUAAUAUUCUACAGUACAACUCCACAUUUAACUCAGAGCUCAGUAGUAAUGAACUUAUUGUUUAUUAGACACAUUUAUGUUCCUGUCAACAAACAUUAUAAACUUUAUUAUGGCAGA